AUGCUACUGAAUGCUCAGGCAUCUACUAGUAUUCCUGGUCGGACAUCGGGUCGCCUGGCUGCUCAGCGCGCCCAGACAGCAAUCAAGAGAGCAUUUAUCACCGGUCUUGGGCUCGAAGAGACAGAUACUCACAUCAAACGCUCUCGCACAGAUGAGCAUGAUAUGGACGAGAAUGAAGCUUAUGGUCACGUUGACUCAAAGGAUCUCAUUGGAAACAUUCGCCCAAGUACCAUACGCCUCAAGAACCCGACCGCGGAGCUGGUGGACCGCCCACAAUCUGUCGCUGAGCCCCAGGUGUGGGCUAACGGUCGUGGCAGUCUGUGUGAAGCUCUGCCGUACUUCCGUGCCUUCAAAGGCAGUCUUCACUCAGCAGCCGUAGUAGCGCAGGGAUUCCUGAUUGAUCAGGAGGUGGAUCAUGGAGAUGUGUUUAGCGCGCAGGUGGUCAUCUCCUCAGUUGGCGGAGGCCGCGUGAAAGAUCCAUCGACCGGCAACAUGGUUCGUGCGAAAGAUGCCACCGACAGUGCGCCCAAUGUUAGAUCGUUCAAAAACGCAUACGACAGCAAGUGCCCUGUGGCCGUUAUUGCUGGAGAAAACCAUCCUCUCUAUCCUUGCCAGCCCCCACAUCCCUAUGCGGUGCUUGGCUAUUUUCACAUCACCUACAUGUGGAAAGAGAAACAGGUUUCCAAGGGCACCAAUGAUGCCGUACUGGUCUGGCGUAUACGCUUGGAAAAGGCAGACCUGACUGAGCCGUCCUGGUGGAUGCCCAAGGGCGAAGAUAUGCCCCAGCCAACCACCACCCACAUUGGCACCAUUGUGGCGCCAAUGUUUGGAUGCGAUAAAUGUGGUGUCAAGAGCAAGGAAAUCUUCACGGCUGGUUGGUUUUGCCUCAAUCACCUCUGCGAGCAGUACUACACACUCCCUAGCGGUGUAGCUGUGGACCCGAGAGGUCUGACCUACACUGAGGCGUUCAUUGGUGAGCGUACUCCUUUCACAGGCGAUAUACCUUCCAUCAAGCCCGCAGUGCCCGACGAAGAGGGCCUUCACGGCACGGAGCUUGCUCUUCGCCGUGGUUUCGUUUGUCCCGAUUGCGGCUGCUGCAAUCGUCGAGUCUACUGGAACCGCUGGGUGUGCGAGAAUAAGCAGUGCCAGUAUACACGGCCGGCACAGAUGAUGCCCUAUCCCAAGGAGAUCCUCGACGAUGAGAACACAAAGUUUGACGCUGCCAUGGACAAGAGGAGAAAGACCAAUGGCGUUAACGAGAACGCUCUGAACGAGCACCCCUUUCUUUACGACCCAGUCGCCACAAUCUUCCAGAGAGGAUAUCUUCGACACUCACAAACCCUGACUCUUGGCGGCUACCAAGUCCGCCAGUACUUCCUCCCUGAUUCUCAGGGGCGCAUUCUGGGUUCUUUUAGUAUCUUUUCGUCCAGCCCCGAGAUCAACGCCAAACCCGGCGGUGCGGACGAACUUUUCACAACCUUGGAAGUCACUGACAUUGGUUUGCGCCGAAACCCUGCUGCUGUUGUUGGGCACAAACUUGAGGGCUAUACCCGACACUUCCAGCAGAACUUUGGUGCGAGAUACAAGUUCGGUGUAUCGGUUCAGUCAAAGGGCUUUGAUGAAGCGCCUGACGUGGUUCUCCGCGCUCUCCACCGCCUGAUCUGGGCAAAGAAGGUUGCCGUCCCCGCGUCCAACGGCCUGAUCCAAACUCUGCCCAAGAGGCUUGUUGGCUCAUCCUCCCUUGUAGAGGAGAGCAACGACUUCAAUGAGCUCCUAGCUCUUGGCUACAUGGAGGAUGAUAAAAUAAAUUACCACGAUGACGGUGAGAGCGAGCUUGGGCCAGUCGUUGCUGCGCUUGCGCUGGGUUCCCCGUCCACGAUGAGAUUCCGACCUAAGCGAAGAACGCAGUUCUUCCUGCCCACGCACAUGGAGCACGGCAAAUGUUGCUACAAGGAGGUUCUCGAAGUGACCAUGAAGCACGGCGAUAUGAUGGUCAUGAUUGGACCCGAUAUUCAGAGAGUCUACGAGCACACCGUGGACCCUUACGGGAAGCGGCGCUUUUCACUUACUGCUCGGUACAUCGACCCGUUGAAGAUGCUAGUCCAAGCAGACAGGGACGAUGCUGCCAUCAAGGGUGCAAUCCCGGAGCACGCCAAGGCUUUUACGUACGACGGAUACUGA